CAGCACUUCACAGCGCAAGUCACUCCACUUCGUCUCUGAAUCAAAAGCUUGGCUGGUCAUAGCCAUCGUGUCGCAAUGUCUGGCUUUCGCAAUGCACGCCCGGUCACCCAACCGUGCACCAGCAGUGCAGCAAAUCAGGUGUGGAUGCGAUAUGUUGGCGAUGGUGAUCAUCUACGAGUCCAUCAUUCACGCUACUGCCGCGCUCGAUACAGCACAUCGGCACUUGUAUGACUCUUCCAUGGCGCAUAUGUAAGCUGUGAGUGCUGCUGCUGCUGCUGCUGCUCGCUGCGCCCAGCUUGCCUCCUGUCACUUCGCUCGAGCAACAGUCUGUGCCGAUCUCGACUUGCUCGCUGCGCCAUCGGCGACAUCAUGUCCUUGCGCACAAAGAGCUGGAGCUGGAUGCAGGCUUGUGCUGCACUCCGUUCUCGGCAGCCCUGCGAUGCGCUCCUGACCGUCAAGCAGCACGAAUGUGACCCAUUGCGCGCACCUUUAAGGCGGCAAGGAGCGCCGUGGACCGUCUGUCGCUUCCUGGCAGCGAAGAGCGGCAGCCGCUUGGCCUCCUGCUCUCCUCACCCAACUCUGCGACAUUCACAGACAGACCAGCUGCUCUCGCGCGUAGCCGGAUCGACAAGUACACCGCUCAUACAGGAUCAGAGCCUGUCGCAAUGGUGGCGCGCCCUCGUCCACAAGCAUGCUGAGCAACCAGCACUGAUCAGCGCGCACGAGCCAGCAGACGCUCACGAACGCGCACCGUCAAAGAAACUACCUGGGGAUGAAGACUGCCUUCGCUGGACAUUCCGCGAGCUCGACACGCACGUACGCAGGCUUGCUUCGGGACUGCUUCGCAUGGGCAUCAAACGGGGCGACCGAGUCGCAGUGCUGAUGAUGAACUGCUCUGCCAUGGCAGCGCUCCAGCUCGCGACAGCAUACGUGCACGCUCCCUUGGUUACACUGAACCCCUCCUACUCUCCCCUACAGCUACGGAAAGCGCUCAAUCACGUAAAGGCUAAAGCGCUCUUCAUCAUUCCAUGCUUGCGCGACUCUGAUUACAUCAAGCAUCUGCGCUCCAUCUUGCCCACUCUGCGUGAAGCAGCAAAAGGCGCGCCGAUUUUGCGUGAUGAUCAGGUGCCCACGCUACAGCAUGUGGUGCUGUUCGACAACAUCACCGCCAGACCCGACGGCUGGCCCAACCUCAGCGCUUACUGCGCCGCCGGCGGCGACUUUGCUGGUGCUCUCGAUCAGCUCCACGGCUGGGCCAUCGACUACCGAGACGUGCUGGACCAAGGCCCGCAGAUUGCGCCUCAGGAGAUUGCAGACUCACCCAACGCCGCAAUCAAUCUGCAGCUCACUUCCGGCACGACCGGUGAUCCCAAAGCGGUGGUGCUGAAUUCUAUCAAUCUGAUCAACAACGCUACCGUCCUGGGCAACAUCAUGGAGCUGACACCGAACGACCUGCUAGCGAACAUACCCCCGCUGUUUCACUGCUUCGGCCUGACUCUUGGCAAUCUCGCGGCGUGGUCGCGAGGAGCAGGCGUUUUGUACGCUUCUGAAGGCUUCAGCCCUGCUCGGGCCCUGCGAAGCGCAGCCCGAGAGAAUGCCACUGCGAUCCACGGUGUGCCGAGCCAUUUCGUGUCGGAGCUCGAGCUGCUACGACUUGCCAAACAGGCGUCUGUGAUGUCAGAGAGUGAGCGGGCGAAGGUGUGCAGCAGCCUGCGAAAGGACGGAGUGCGCGACGGCGAAGUGUGGUCCUUUGGCAGCCUCAGGACUGGCUUCAUGAGCGGCUCUACCAUUCCAGUCGAGCUGAUGAGGUCGUGCAUCGAGGAGCUUGGUGCGGACAAACUGACAGUGGUGUAUGGAAUGACAGAGACUUCUCCCGUAUCUUUUGGCGCUAGCAUCCAUGACUCAGUGGAGCGCCGCUGCACAACGGUCGGGCAGAUCGUAGACCACGCACAUGCGAAGAUUGUGGCGGGGGACGACGUUACGGGAUCGCCGGUUCCAGUAGGACAGGCUGGCGAGCUUUGGAUUGGCGGCUACUUGGUCAUGUCGGAAUAUUUCGAAGAUGAAGAGAAGACCGCAGAAGCUAUCGUCGAGCAAGAAGGCAUUCGCUGGAUCAAGACGGGUGAUGUCGCGGUCAUGGACGGUGAAGGCUACGUCCAGAUCUGCGGUCGCGUCAAGGAUGUCAUCAUUCGUGGGGGAGAGAAUCUCUUUCCGCCGGUCAUUGAGAACUGCAUCAACCAGCUCGGCGGCAUCGCUGCCAGCGCCGUAGUGGCAGUGCCGCACGAACGACUGGGCGAGGUCGUGGGAGUUUUUGUCCAGAUUUCUACAGAUCGUGGCGACGCACGACGGCCAUCCGCUCUGCAAAUCAGAGAGCAUGUCAAGACGGAAAUUUCAGGUCAAGCUGCACCUCAGUGGGUCUGGUCUGUUGAGGAAGGCGGCGUCGGCGCCAUGCCCACGACCGCAUCCGGGAAAGUGCAAAAGGUCAUCCUCCGCCAGUGGGCAUCGGAGUUAUCAGCGAAAGGCGAAGGCGCGGUAGUUUCGAGGAAGGGAGAGUUGGCACACAACUCAGUCGAAUAGUCACACGUUUUGUUUGAGAAGACGAAGAUGAAAUUCGAAGCACAAUGAGUGGGAAUAAUCAGAAGUCAGUGGAAGAUGGUCAGAUCGCGUGAUGGGUAGUCGAUGUGGUGAUAGGUGUGAGAC